AUGACCUUUUCGAAUGCAGCCUCGCAACCGCACUUGCAGAUCUUCAAUCAUCUUCGAGCAUCCUGGAAUGAAAACUCGAUGUUCCCCGCUUUUCCCUUACUACCUCCGGAAAUCCGCAGCGAAAUAUGGCGCUAUGCGUUAAAACGUGAACGCCUGAUAAAGAUUUAUUUCCAGAAACAGUAUCCUUUCACGCCUGAGCGACCCAAACCAGAUAGCGCGUCGCCGCAAUAUCAGAUUAUGGUUGACGGACGAAAAUCCCUUAGCAAGUUUCUAAGACCAUAA